ACAGUUCGCACUGUGGCCCGCACAGUCGUGGUUUCGUGCCGCGCAAAACAUAAAUUCACAGAACGUUGCUUUUGUUCCUGUAAUAUUGCCUCCCAUGGAGCAUGGAUAGCCGUUUUUGUAGCUACGAUAGCAGCUUGGAACAUUGUUACUCUCGUUAAAUCAAUCGGAAGAAGUGAAUGUAGAAUCGAAGGACAUUGCCAGACACCAUAACCUUCGUCGGGAAUCGUCGUACGGAAUAUUGAACCCUCUGGUCUAGUGUACCACAUGGUUGCUAUUGCACUAUGAGCCCUCCCGAUAAGAGCCGGAACGAGGAGAGCGCACCGUGGAAGUCGAGCAAAGGCCAAGGGUCGUCCCGCGACAAUGGAUCUCCGGAAUCGAAUAUUGUCGAAGGGUCGUCCAGGAGAACUGGAGCACUGGAAAACGCUCCUUGCAGGUCGAGUAAAGGCGAAGGGGCGUCCCGUGGGAGUGGAUCACCGGAAAGAGCACCAUGGAGGUUGAAUAUAGAUGAAGGGUCGUGCCGAGGUAAUGGAUCACCGGAAAGAGCACCAUGGAGGAGAAAUACAGAUGAAGGGUCGUCCAGAGGUAAUGGAUCACCGGAAAUACCACCAUGGAGGUUGAAUAUAGAUGAAGGUCCGACCAGAAGCAAUGAAUCACCGGAAAGAGCACCUUGGAAGUCGAGUAAAGGUGUAGGAUCGUCCCGGGGCAAUGGAUCUCCGGAGAACGCACCGUGGAGGACGAAUAAAGACGAAGGCUCGUCCCCGAGAACUGGCUCACCGGAGAACGCACCGUGGAGGUCGAGUAAAGGCGAAGAAUGGUCCAGGGGGAAUGCAUCACCUGAAAGAGCAUCGUGGAAAUCGAGUAAAGGCGAAGGGGCGUCCCGUGGGAGCGGAUCACCGGAAAGAGCACCGUGGAAGUCGAGUAAAGGCUUAGGACCGUCCAGGGACAAUGGAUCACCGGAAAGAGCGCCAUGGAGGACAUAUAAAGACGAAGAGUCGUCCCGGGGCAAUGGAUCGCCGGAACGAGCACCGUGGAAGUCGAGUAAAGGCGAAGGGGCGUCCCGUGCAUCACCGGACAGGUAUCGGCACCGUAACUCAGACCGAUAUCAAAAACGGCAUCAGUCGCAAAAUGAUCGCUAUGGCAAUCGAGUCUGGAGACGUGACAGUCCCUACAGCCGGCAUUCUUCCCACGAACAAAGCCGGUAUCGAUCGCACGGGUCCGAUGAAAAACGGCACCACGAAGACGAGCGAUCGAGAACGAGUUCGAAUGGAGGUGGACGAGGAUCGGCAGCUUAUACCAGCCGUCGUCCCUGGAGAGAACGUAGAUCCCCCGGGAGCCCACGACCGAACAGAUCUCGAUGGGGCGAGACGUCACGAACGAAUGCUGGGAAAUAUUCACACAAUUCUAGGGAAAGCUCUGCUGAAGCUUUUCAUUUCUUUUUCAAUCAAUUGAUGAAAUAUGACAAGCGUGAAAGUAACCAGCCCCAGCCCGAACGGCCCAUGUCGUUCAUCGACAAGCUGAUUGCGGAUGAAGCAAUGCGGAUGCUUUCUAAGGCAGCUUCCAUGCAGGAAACGACGUACCUUAAUGUUCCCUUCAAACCGACGGAAGCCGCAUCGCUCGCAUCGGCCAGUGCGGACAGUGCAGCAACGGAAAGCUCCAAGACGGAGUCGGAAAAGCAAGCGGACGAAGAAAAUCAAGCCUCUAUGCGUGACGCAGCCGUAGUAAACGCGGCCGACUCCGCCCUGCUGCAGAAGAGUGCCGAACAGGUGACGAAGAAGCUAAUUAACCAGCUGACCACCAUGAGCAAGUACGACCUGAAGCAGAUCAUCGACAAUCCGGGCGGCAAGUACGAGACGGCACUGAACCGACACGCGCAAAACAAACUGCGUGCCGAGGUGCGGAAGCAGCUGAAAACGAUCGGCCUGAAUGAGCUGGGAAGUGCGAGCGUCGAUGGGGACGGAAGCGUGGAGCCGGAUGAAGCGAUCGAUGCGAACAAGAUACCGCCGGCCCUGUUGGCACAGAUCGGACAGGCGUUGGAUUUGGAUUUGGAAGAUUUAACCCACACGGACUCGGAACCGUUUGAGCAGGUGGCAGACGCUGCUAAAGACUCCCAAUCCGUGGAGGGAAAUGGGAUGCUGGGGCCAAUAUUCGGCACUGCCGUGCCGUGGGGUACAACAACCCAGGAGGAAAUGCCGGAAUCUUCCAACAGAACUCUCACAAAGGUGCGAGUCGCUCACAAACCGUCACCUACCACGCCAGGGUGCAAAAAGCAAAAGAGUGUACCAAAUGGCAAUGCAAUAAUAUGCAUAGACGAUGCAGAGAGCCCGGUAGUAACUACUCCGCCCGCUAAAGCGAAAACACCCAAUCGCAAGAAAAGCCCUAAAGGCAAGGGCGUGAACGGGAAGGGUGGGGUACAGGCUGUGUCCACGCUUAAAACGGUCGAUGGGCAAAUAAACAACGAUGUAGCUACAAACAUCCCUCAAGAAAGUAGCAUACGUGCUGCUCCAAAGCAUAAAAUAUCCCCCAAGCAACGCAAUAGAUCAAAGAUUUUGAAAGUUCAAGAAACACCGUCAGCUUAUAUUAAUCAAUUAAAUGCUAACUCAGUGAUGGAAAGCAAUCUGCCGCUAGAAGAACCGAUGCGGGUUGAAAAGAAUGUUCCCUUUUUAAGAAUCAGCACCGUAGAGGAACUCAACAGACGGUUAGACGACCAUGAAGGAGCGGCGCCCAUUGACAAAGAACAAAGCGCAGAUAGAACCGAACCACUCGCGUCUGAGGAUGUUGGGCAAUUGCAUAGCAAUGGUUCAACAAGAAUAGAAACAAAUAGUGACAUUAGUUUCAACGUGCCACUUCCCAGUCAAACGCCAACCACUGCUAAUGCAGACGGCGAUGAUAGCAUACAGAAUCAACUCAAUAAUGCCGAUCAAGCGACGGACACUGCAACUGAACCAGCCACUACUACUACUACUACUACUACUGCUACACCACCCGGACAGGAGCAGCAGCAACACAGCAACAUCCCUAUCUUUCAACGACUCAUCGAACGGCGUAAAAAGCGCUGUAAAAGUGCGAUCGAAAAACAUCUGGAAGAUAUCCUGGGCAAGAAGGGCGAUACGCGAAUAAUAUCUGAAGAUGGUGAAGUGAUUGUUGACCGUUUGCGUAACAACGACUAUUUGGCGAUGGUUUGUCCUUCGCUGCGCAAAGCGUUGCCCUUUGCUAAAGUACAACUUCUGCCACCAAAGGAUGUAAAUCGGAAAAGAAAGAAUGCUACUACGCCGGCGGAUGCGAUUCCCGCUGAAGAGCAGUGGCAGAUUGAAACAGCGCCAAACAUGACAAACGAAUGUAGCACCAAUCCUCCCAUCGUGCCGGAUACGCACAUGGGAAAGGUGCCGAAGAACAAGCUGCGAUGGAACCGUUGGAUGCAGGCAAACAGCCCCGAUAUGAUCUGCAAUCGUGAGACGGCGGAAAAGAAUGGUGAACCGCAUUCCACCGCAUCGGAGCGUAUCUCGUCCGUGUCCUCACUGCCAGGGGAGGAUCAGAUUUUGAACGAAGCAUACGAUCAGUAUACCUCCAAAACUGCCGAAGACGGUGGUGGUGGUGGUGGUGAACCAGAUGAUGGGGAUGAUGUUGUAACCUCAGAACCGGUACAAGCUUCCCCCAACUCAUCCGCUGAAGCGAAUCGACCGUGCAUAAGAGUUCGAUCGGCAUCGAUUUCACAAGAAUUCAGCACUCCAGACACAUCCGUUGUAGAAAGCGUUUUGAAUGAGCAUCCAGAGGAACGACCUUUAGCAGACGCAACGAACCAUGGUGGCUCAGAACCACCAGCAAGUCAGCAGAGUGCUGCCACUUCGGACAGUGUUUUCGAAGAGCCCGUAUCGAUUUCGAAUCUCGCAGCAGCAGCAGAGCCGAUUGUGGAUAGCAAGGAAGAUAUAGAACGGAUUCCGUCACCAGAACCACCUCUCGAUACCUCAACGGCGACCGAGGAGUACAUUCUGGGUGGUGAUUCCGAACAGAAAUGUGUACCGAUGGAAACGGAACGCUAUGGCGAUAGAAGUGCUUCCCAGGAACAGGUACAAGAACAGGCACAAGAGCAAGACCAACCUGCCACUCAUCGUAGAGUGGCAACUCCACAGCCGACACAACAGACGACGCGAUUCCAACCUUUGUAUGAGAUCGCCGAGCGGUUACAAUCGAUCGAUGCGGAAACGAUGGACCUGUACAACCGCAAGGCGCAAAUCGACGCAAUGAUCAUGCAGCUCAACUCGGAGCGUAUGGACAUUAACCAGCAGCUGGUAAAACUGCACCAUACACGUGGCGAGCAGAUGAACGACCUGCGUAUUACGUUGCUAGAACUCGGAAUGUCCGACAGUCCGGGUGGCACAGAGGUGACAAAUCAAUCGCCCACCACGUGCCACGCUUCUGAUGUGACCAGAAAUGCUGAUCCAGUGCACCAUACGGUUCACCAGUCCGCACCGCCACCCGCACAGCCACAGCAGGAACGUACGAUACGACGAAUCACACCGAUCGGAGGCAAUAGUGUGUUGAUGAAGAUUUUCCAACGGCGCCGUGCACCGUCCGAACGAUCGACGGAGGACAAUCCACCUCCAAACGAUCUGGCGUAAUAUGUAAUACGCGACCGUUAGUUUUAUGCCAGUGUUAAAUGCAUUUUGAAAGCAACCGUGUGGACUUUAACAGUUGUAUGUAAUAUAUAAUUAAACAUGGAAUUGUGUUGAAAUGAAACAAUUUAGUAAUUUUUUUGAGUUGCUUUUUGGCAUGUCAUGAGUAUCGCACAUACAAUAACAUCUUUUUCU